AUGCUCUCACCAGCUCAUAAAGUUCUGCUGGGUGUGGUUGCAUAUGCCGGGAUAACUACCGCUCAACAGCCAGGUAAACUGACGCCUGAAGUACAUCCCAAGCUGCCGACAUGGGAGUGCACUGUCGAAGGUGGUUGCGUCCAGAAGAACACGUCGAUUGUGCUGGACUCGGACUACCGCUGGCUUCAUACCGUGAACGGUACCCAGAACUGCAAGACAAGCGGACUGGACAAGACGCUGUGCCCGGAUGCCAAGACGUGCGCCGCCAACUGCGCCUUGGAGGGUGUCGACUAUGGCUCGUCUGGUAUCCUGACCAACGGGAGCGAGCUGACCUUGAGCCUGUUCGUCAACAGAACUGAAGGGCUCAGCAUGUCCUCCCCUCGAGUCUACCUCCUCGCCAACGACUCCACGUACGACAUGUUCUCUCUGCUGAACAGGGAGCUAACCUUUGACGUGGAUCUGAGCAAGCUGCCCUGCGGCACCAAUGGAGCUCUUUAUCUGAGCGAGAUGAUCGCGGACGGAGGCAAGGGCGAGCUCAACCCUGCGGGAGCGACUUACGGGACUGGGUACUGCGAUGCCCAAUGUCCGUCCCCGCCGUUUAUCAAUGGCGAGGCCAACAUCGAGGGCAUGGGCUCCUGUUGCAACGAGAUGGAUAUUUGGGAGGCAAACAGCCGGGCCACGGCCUUUACGCCGCAUCCUUGCAACAUCAGUCAGGUAUACAAGUGCAGCGGCGCUCUCUGUGGCAACGCAGACCGGUUCGCGGGUGUCUGUGACAAGGACGGCUGCGACUACAACCCAUACCGGCUCGGUGCCCAGUCCUUCUACCAGCCCAACGCCACGGUCGACACCAACCGGACCUUUACGGUCGUGACGCAGUUCCUGACCAACACGGGCGACGCGACGGGGGAACUGCGCGAGAUCCGGCGUCUGUACGUGCAGGAUGGCAAGAUCAUCGAGAAUGCGCUGGUGCAGGUGCAAGGCAUCAACAAGGGCAACAGCUUGACGGACGAGUUUUGCGAGCAGGAGAAGAAAGCGUUUGGAAACGUCAAUGCCUUCGCGGCCCAGGGCGGCAUGAAGGGCAUGGGCGAGGCGCUUCGCCGAGGCAUGGUCCUGGUCUUCUCGGUGUGGGAUGAUGCGGGUAGCUCCAUGCACUGGCUGGACAGCACCUUUCCCGAGAAUGCAGACCCCAAAAAGGAUGCCGGCACCGGCCGAGGACCUUGCGCGGCCGACGUUGGCACCGCCGCCAAUGUCAUGAAGAAUGCCCCCUGGACCAGCGUCAAGUUUUCCAACGUCAAGAGCGGCGAGAUUGGCUCGACCUACAAGGUGAAAUAG